AGUCAGCUGUUGGUGUUGUUUGCAUCAAUUAUUGCUUGUUUCUUAUAUUUCGUGGUUUUUUGAUAAAAAUGCAUACGUUGCGUUUACUAAGGGCUGCACAUAAUGAAAGUGUGUGGUUGAGGCGUCAAAAAAGAUACAAUUACCGGCAAACAAUGGAAAGUGUGGAAGAUAUGCCUGAGUUACUGUUUGUUGAACAUUUUCGUUUGAAUAAGAGCACCUUUCGGCGGCUUUGCAACGAUUUGCGUGUUCAUACGUCGCUAAGAGGAUCUAAAGAAAUCCCUUUGAAAAUUAAGGUAACCUUACUAAACGUUUACAAAUACUUAAAUAAAUAAACAAUAGUUUUGAUGCAACUACGUUUGAUUUCAACAGUUUCUUUACCUCAUUACUUUAUGUUUAGGUGCUCACUGCUCUUAAUUUUUUAGCUACUGGUUCCUAUCAAAGGAUCGUGGGUGUUAGUCAAAAUUUAACACAAAGAACAACGAGCCGGUGUGUCCGGCAAGUCGUUGAUGCGCUCAACCACCCCACACUCAUGAGCAAGUGGAUUCAAUUUCCACAAACAAUACAAGAAAGAUCAUUAAUCAAAGAAGAGUAAGUAAUCAUGCUUAUGUUUCUAGGUAAUGGUUAGCUAAAAAAAUAAAGUAUAUUAAGUAUAUCUUAACUACAGUAAUUAUUAAAUUUAAGUAACAUGAAUAGGUUGUUACUUCUCUGCCAUAUUAUAUUACAAAAAUCUUCAUUUUCAGAUUUCAAAGGAAGUAUAAUUUGCCUGGAGUGAUAGGAUGCAUUGACUGCACUCACAUUGCUAUAGUAAAACCAGCUGAAGAAGAACAUGCUUUCUAUAACAGAAAAGGAUAUCAUUCCUUAAACGUUCAAAUGGUUUGUAUUUAAAUCUAGAAAUAUUAUUUCUGCUUUCAUAACUACCAAUUUUAUUUGAUACUACAUAAAAUUACAUUUUCAGGUAUGUGAUCAUAAUUUAAAAAUAAUGAACAUAAAUGCUAAGUUUGGUGGAGCAACACAUGAUUCCCACAUAUGGUCAUCGAGUCUCGUAGAACCCUAUAUGCGUCACCUUCAUGAAAGUGGUGAACAUGUUUGGUUACUUGGUAAAUAAGAUAUUAUAAGAGAUAAGAGUAAGAUAUUUAUAAGAGACAUAUAUAUAUACCAUUAAAUAUAUACAAGUAGUAUAACAUAGGUAAGUAUGCUUUAAAUCUUUUCUCAUUCAUAACUUCUUGCUUUCAGGGGAUUCUGGUUAUCCACAACGCCCUUGGCUUAUGACUCCAAUAUUAAAUGCUCCACAUGGGUCUCGAGAGGAAUUGUACACCACUCGUCAUGUACAAGCCAGGACAUGUAUUGAGCGCUGCUUCGGAUUACUUAAAACACGUUGGAGGUGUUUGCUUCGUGACAGGGUCCUUCAUUAUCAUCCCAACGUUGCCAGCAAAAUAACACUUGCAUGUUGUGUGCUACACAACAUCUCGCUUCAUGCACACUUGCCAGCUCCAAGUGAUAUCCCUGUUACUACUGUAGAUGAUAAUGAUGACUCCAGUACACAAACCACCCAAAGCACCACCACGGAGAAUCGAAAUGAAUUAAUCCGAGGCAGGGCAAUGCUCAAUUAUUUAAUAAGUAGAUUGUAGAUGUAGUUAAGUAUCUAUAUUUAUUAAUUAUUUAGCAUUAUAGCAUAUAUAUAAUUGUUCAACUGUGCCAAUAUUUGUACAGAGUUGUUAAAUAUUAAGUAUUGUUAGUUGUAUAGACAAAUAGUAAUGUAUAAAAUUUGACUAAAUGUUUCAUUUGUUGCUUGGUUGGAAAAGUAGAGUAAUGUGGUGUGACUAUUCAUUUUACAAGUUUUUUACUACCUUGCAUAUGUUAGAUCUCACAACUUUUUGUUAUGUUUUUGGUGAGAUUGUUUAUAAAACAUUGAUUAAUAAAAUAGUCUACAUAAUUAUAGAGAUGACAUUUUGAUUUUUUUUAUUGUGUUUCACCAUUCACCUGUGCUAGUCCUAACUUAAUUGAGGUCAGCGGCGUAUGUGGUACUUUCCUUUCAUACUCUUUCAGCCAUCAUCUUAGUAUCUACACUCGCACCCCAUUCUGGAUGUUAUUAAAAUAAAAAAUGGUCAAAACAAGUGUUAUAAUAAUAAUAAUUGUUUAUUGCCUCUAAAACACAGUUACAUAAGGUUAAAACAAAAGAAUAUUAUAAUUAUUGGAGACAAAAUGAGACAGCUCAGCUUUGUCUGUAACGAGAUACAGAUCUGGUACAGAGCUGUUUUUCAGCCGCUCCCUCCUCCCUGAGGUGUUGUGCGGGAGUCCAAAGUUGCAUGCUCCCCAUUUACCUGACUUAUACUUAAAAACUAAAUUACGUACAAGGUAAUUAAAUGUGAUAAUAAAUUUC